AUGAACUAUUUGUACCCUGUGAAAGAAGAGUACUUGGAAUCGUCACCACCAUCGUCCUCAUCAUCGCCAACGUCUCAAACAGGUGGUGAUGAGUCAGCAAUGGUUCCUCCUCCGAGGCCAAUGGAGGGGCUUCACGAAAUGGGGCCGCCCCCAUUUUUGACCAAGACGUAUGAUGCAGUGGAGGACCCCACAACGUUCCACAUAGUUUCAUGGAGUAGAGGCGGUUCCAGCUUUGUGGUUUGGGAUCCUCACGCUUUCUCCAGAGACCUUCUCCCUCGAUACUUCAAGCACAACAAUUUCUCAAGUUUUGUACGGCAACUAAACACUUACGGUUUUAGAAAAAUUGAUCCCGAUAGGUGGGAGUUUGCAAACGAAGGAUUCCUGAGAGGGCAUAGGCACCUUUUGGCAAACAUAAGGAGAAGAAAGCAACCUUCUCAGCCUUCUACUUCUCAACAAGGACAAGGUCACUGUGUUGAAGUUGGUCGUUUUGGACUUGAUGAAGAGGUUGAUCGUUUGAAGCGUGACAAGCACGUGUUGAUGAUGGAGCUUGUAAAGCUGAGACAGCAGCAGCAGAAUACCAGGUCAUACCUUGAGGAAAUGGAGGAGAGGCUACGAGGGACAGAAAUUAAGCAGCAACAGAUGAUGGCUUUCUUGGCUAAAGCUAUGAAGAACCCCACCUUCAUCCAGCAGCUACUCCAGCAGAAAGAGAAGAGGAAGGAGCUUGAAGAGGCCAUGUCCAAGAAAAGGAGAAGGCCAAUCGAGCAAGGACCAAGCGGGGUUGGAGAAUCAAGCAUUAGAGGGGAAGGCAGAAGCAGUGUUAAAGUGGAGCCCCUAGUGUUUGGUGAAUAUGGAUUUGGAGUCUCAGAGUUGGAAGUGCUAGCUUUGGAGAUGCAAGGUUAUAGUAGGGGAAGGAGGGAACAAGAGGAAGAACCUGAGGCACUAGAAUCACAAGAGAGGCUGGAGAAAGAGCUUGAUGAAGGGUUCUGGGAAGAACUGUUCAGCGAGGGUUUUGAGGGUGAAUUAGAUAUUCCAACUUCGCAAGACCAAGAUGACGAAGAAGAUGUCAACGUGUUAGCCAAUCGCUUUGGUUACUUGGGAUCAAGUCCUAAAUGA